AUGAUUCUGGACCUCAGGCAAGAGAUUUUACAGAUGCAGAAAUUGCUUUCUGGAAUGGAUGGCACUUUGUCAUCCCACACUGCCUCAUUAGACUCGCUCCGAUGCACAGUGGACGGCGUGUUCUUUGGGCAUGCCAGGAGCAAGAGCAAGCUCUCAGGCUUAGAUCGGUGUAUGGAGAGCACCUCUGAGGGCCCGGAGGAGCAGGACCCUGCCUUCUCGUCCUUCGCCGUCAACAUCAACACUGAGGUGAACGAACGGCUGGAUACCUUGGAACUUGUGCAAGCUCCGAAGGAUCCUCCUGCGCUCCUCCCGCUUCCGGGGGUCAUCGCGCGAGAGGGUCCGGAUGAUUCGAGCCUCGUUCACCAGCACGCUACCUCGGCAACGCCACUGGAGAAGGACAACGAGAUGGCUCCUGUUCAGAGGAGGAAUAGUCAAAAGAAGUCCUUGGAACGUCGGCAAAGCCGUGACAGCGAGCCGAUGCAGGCACGCAAAUCGGACGGGGUCCGCAAGAUUCGUUCCCUUGAGUCCGGCCCGCGGAAGUUACGCUACGGAAUGGUUGAGGAGCUCCAGGAAGAGACCGCCCGGCAGCUGCUGAAGAACUCUCACGAUCUUCACGCUUCUGAUGGAGGGCCGCCAGGGAUGCUGGUGAAGUCCAACACUAUGAAAUCUGUGAAGCAGGAUGCUGUACGGAGGAUGAGUCGCCUCUCUAUGGAUCAGCUUCGUGAGAACUAUGAUGCGGUCCUUGCCAGCCCGCUGAAGCGCAUGGAAAGCAACGUUGUUAUUCGACAGCAGCGAACAGUGACAGAUGCCGCUGAUACGCCAUUGCCGAGCGUUGGAUGGCUUCUACUGGCGCUUUCGGGAAUUGUGGAUGUUAGACCUGGCAGACUCUGGCAAGUGCUUUCGCAUUGGCACGUGGUCGAUGCCUCGCUGCUGGCAGUGGCACUUGGCUACCUGGGUGCCUGCUCCAAUCUUCAUCAUUUCCCUGCCAUCACAACGGCGUGUUACCUUUUGGGUGCCAUGAUUGCCAUUUUGGGUGUGCGGCAUGCAGGGAUUACUGCCAUGAUCGGUCCUUACGAGCGGCGCCUGGAUGAAUACGCUGCAGAUUAUGGCUUCACAGAGGAUUGGCGGCAACUGUCCAGGUAUCGGCUGGUGGAGGUACUGGUGUUUUGGUGUCUGAUGAUGGCUUGCCGCAUUCUCGCCGCCCUCUUGUCCUCGGAGGAGAUUUUCGGCGGCCUGCCACUAUCAUCCUUCGGCACGGGCAUGAUGGUUUUGGUGGCCCACCUAUUGAUGUCAUUGCGGCUCUCGGCGGUGUGCUACACGCACUUCCACGUCUGCUCCGGGCUGGAGCUCGCGAUCGACAACUUCUGCCUCCGCCUGUUCAAGGACCAGGACAUGGAGGGCGCCCUCAGCGAGUGGAAUGUGCUGUCUGCAACACUCAGGCAAGCUUCUCAGAAGACAUGCUGGUCGCUGCUGGCGCUGGGCGCUGCCUGCACCGCAUCUCUUGUUCUGUUUGCCUCCCAGGUGGUGCAGAUGCCUGAAAUCCUUGGCAGUGCUUUAGACACUGCGCUAUGGCUUGGAUGGCUGUAUCCUCCGCUCUUGUUAUUCCUUUACGCUAUGUACCGCGCGGCGUCCGUUACAGAGAAGGCUAUGCGAGUCGCACCUCUGGUGAACUCCUGGGAGUUUGAACCCGCCGAGGAGAAUGGUGAAACAGUUGCCCUGGAUCCAGGAAGGCAGUAUGUGGUUCAGUUCAUAAACCAAAGUGAGGCAGGUUUCUACGUGUUCGGUGUGCGGAUCUCCGCCUACAUGGUUCAAAAGCUGGCCUACUAUUUCCUGGCCGUAACGGUCGGCCUGAUCGCCAAUCUGACACAGUGA